AUGGAAUAUGGAUGUUUCUCGGAAGAUCAGCCAGGAGUCUUAUUUGAAAAUAUUACCUUCGAACAGUUGAAUAAAAAAUACGGAGAUGGCGUCGAUGGGCACUUUACACCCCCCACAUGUGCGGGAAGAGACAAGACAGCCAUUAUCAUUCCGUUCCGGGAACGACAUCGCAACCUCACCAUCCUCCUCAACAACCUCAUUCCGGUCCUCAGAAACCGAAACAAGGAUUUCACCAUAUUUGUUAUUGAACAAGAUCUUGAUACAACAUUUAACAAAGCACUUCUGAUGAACGCUGGUUUUAAGGAAGCACUGAAACAAGACUACUUCACGUGUUUCAUCUUUCAUGAUGUUGACUAUAUUCCUGAAACCAGCAACGUCCCGUACGAAUGCCUCCUCAACCGCUCCUACCACCUCCCAUCCGCCGUAUCUGUCUUCAACUAUACCGUCCGCUACAAAUUUGCAGGAGGAGUACUCACCAUGCCACCGCAUCUUUUCCAAGCAAUCAACGGCUUUUCCAACUUAUAUUUUGGAUGGGGAUUUGAAGAUAAUGAUAUGUAUAGAAGGUAUUUCUUGGUACUUGGUCUGAUGAACACAACCCUGGGCAUAUCUGUUUAG